GAAGAGUCGUGCAACGAGAGCAGUUGAUACCAUUUGUCCUUAAAGCAAAUUCUGCGCUGUGUCUGAGUCUGGAGUUUUUCUGUGUGUAUAACUUACGUGGGCAGCAGCAGAAGUCGCACCAUGAGAAUUAAUUGCAACGCGCUCUUACUGGCAUCGCUAGUGACUUGGUCGGGGGUGAUGUGUAGCACGGUGCUGGGCACCACGGAGGGCCAGGAGACACCUCUAGCCCUUCCCGUGGCGGAGCAGACCCAGCCCACCACGGCCAUACAAGGAGAAGUUUGGGAGGAGGACGAUCACGAAGUGCUUAUAAGAAAUGAACGGGGAACCAAGAGCGACGGUUUGUCGUGUCGUUAUGGCAAGAAUCCGUGGACUGAGUGUGACACCAAAACUAAUACGCGUUCAAGAACAUUGACAUUAAAGAAGGGCGACCCAGCAUGCGACCAAACGCGAACCAUUCAGAAGAAGUGUAAAAAAGCAUGUCGGUAUGAAAAGGGAUCCUGGUCGGAAUGUGCAACCGGGCAAAUGACCAGAGCUGAUAAAUUGAAGGCGAGCAGUGAUCCGUCCUGCGAAGCCACGCGGGUCAUCAAGAAGAACUGCAAGCCCGGAAAGUCCAAGGACAAAAGUGCCAAGGAGCAGCGGAAGAACAAAGAUAAAGCUGCUCGCAAAGGACGCGUUUAAGUGAUAUCAAACUCGAUUAAUUUAAAUUCCAGUGUUAUUUUGUUUGACUCCAAUGCAAAUAACUAAAAUUGAUUUUUUUAAUUCAAAACUGAAAAAUCGUAACGACGUCGUUAACUGUCUGCUAUGUAUACCCAAGAGGCAUUUAAAUAAAAUGCACACAUUAAUUAA